AACGUUCAACAUGAGAUUCAUUGGAAGUGUCUGCCUGCUGGCCAUGGUCAUAUUUCUGCUAGCCAGCGUGAAUGCGCUACCAGUCCAAGUGCAGUGCAAUGAUGGCAGCAAUGGAACUCAUACCCAGACCUCGGCAGAUGGCCAACAGACGCAGACACAAACUGGACCCGGCUGCCAAACACAAGUCUCGGGAGAUGGACAGCAGAGCCAGAGCCAGAAUCAAACAGGCAAUGGCACCCAGACCCAAACACAGUGCAGCGGCUCCGAUUGUGCACCACUGCCGCCCCUCUUCACCCUGAAGCCACUCGAAUGGAACACCAUGAAACCCCUCGAAUGGAACACUUUUGCACCAAUGCAGCCGUGGAAUUAGAUACAGACUUUGGCAUGCCUUACAUCUGUCUGAAUUCCUGACUUCGUUGAAUAUACACAAAAUAUGAUUUAAUUCUCGACUUACUUUAAUC